CAUCCCCAUCUCGACACCGUGACACGCCAGGGCGCUAUUAUUAGCACCCCCGAACUCCUACGCGGCGGCGCAAUCACAUCGACUCCUCGCGCCGUCCCCCGUCCCAUAGUCCCUUCCCGUCCUCGCCUCGUCGCCGGCAAUGGCGGGUCCCGGCAUCGGAGCGGCCGCGCCUCGCCUGUCGCUGCUGCUGCUGCUCGUCGUCGUCUUCGCGGGCUCCUCCCUCCACAGCCGCACCGAGGCGGCCGUGCGGACGUGCACGUACACGGUGAAGGUGAAGACGAGCUGCGCGUCGCCGGCGCGGACGUCGGACGCGGUCAGCGUGGCGUUCGGGGAUGCGUACCGCAACGAGGCGUACGGCGCGCGCCUCCCGAGCGCGCCGGGCGGGAGGGCCUUCGAGCGGUGCGGCACCGACACCUUCCGCGUCUCCGGGGUGUGCGGCUACGGCGUCUGCUACCUCUACCUCCGCCGCGCCGGCCGCGACGGCUGGGCGCCCGAGUGGGUCCAGGUCACCGAGCCGGGCCCCGGCGCCGGAGAGAAGCCCGCCACCUUCUACUUCGGGGCGCCGCUGCCGGACGGCGUCUGGUACGGCCACAACCGCUGCCCCAAGGCCAAGGCCAAGGCCAAGGCGGCGGCGGCGGCUCGGACAAACACCACCUCUGCUGUUGCUUCGCCUCUGGGCUAGCGCGACCUGAUUGAUUCGGCUCUACUCACCGGGCGCAGCCCCUCUCCGUAUGUAAUUCGGCAUUCGUCGAGAAUAAGCAGACUGUGCGCCCAGAUUCAGAAUAAGUAAUUAGAGAAUCAGAUUCCGAAAUAUGAUGAGGCCCUGAGGGCACCUUCUUCACACCCCGGA